ACUUAUAAUAAAGUACAUAAUUAAAUUGGAAUACAAAUACAAAAGGUAGUAAAAGGAAGGAAGAGUAUUCAUCUGCUUGUUUUUAGGGUUUUACAUACUCGAGUCGGUCUCAGCAGCAAGCAAAGAGCGAUGGAUAGCAGACAGUUGACGGCAGAAUCGGUGCCAUUGUUCCGGGAAGGAAUUGGUUUACUCCUGUCUCGGUGAUCGGUUCUGCAACUGGCCGUCGAAAACGAGUGGGGCUGAGCUCCUUCUCUCCGAUGUCUUCUCCUUCUUUAACAGCUCAAAAGCCUCUUUACAUUGAUGAUCUAGAAAUGAUCCUUGAGGAAUCUCUGCUUUCUUUGAAUACAAUGGCUGAGGAUGGCAGCAUUAUUUCUUCUUUAGAUUGGUUUAAGGUUGUUGAUAAAUGAAGGGUUGCUUCUCAACUUUAACAGCAAGUAAUUGUAUUCAAGAAUAGGGAGACCUUGUUUCCAAGGGCUAUGAAGGAAUUGAAUUGAACUACAAUUUCUAGUUUUGUAUGGUAUUGAUUUUUCUGUUCAUCUUGAACUUUAACGAUGAAUUAUAAGUAUAUCCUCGGCAGUUCUGAUUUUUGACAUAUAGGGAUGCUUUUUGGACAUCAUUGCUAAAGAUAAGAUUCUUAGGAGUAACUAGAAUGCUUCUGCCUGCCUUUAGGCUUUUGUAGUGGUGAUUUAGUGAAUGAAUUAUUGCAGGAGGAACAUAUAUAACUUGUAGAACUAUCUUGGUUUGGACUGUUUGGUAAUGAACUCAAGAUUUAGGUUCAGAGCCAUUCCUGAAGUUAAAUUCAUGCAUAUGGUGACCGCAUCUCAGUUUUUCUAUUGUACAGUUUCCUUGUAUCUAGUCCUGCUAACUUUGCAAGUUUGCAACUAGUCUUGGAAGGGUUUCAGGUUUUUGUUUCUAAUAUCCUUUCUUCAUGAAGGAUAAUGAAUUUUCUAAAACCCUCUAUAGGUUGCAGAAAAGUUGAUGAUUAUGCAUGAAGAAUGUUUGGAAGGUAAUUAUCAGGCUAUUGAAAAAAUGAGGGCAGCCAAUCGUCCACCAGUUACUCACAUCAGACAGGUAAUUUUUGGUUUAAACUCUGCUUAGAGAAUUGUGUUGACUACCUGUUGAUGAAGACUCUCUCUACUGGUUUAUCGUCUUAUGUGUUUCAACUUUUGGCUGUGUCUGUUUUCACUACUUGCAAUUUUGAUAUUGAUUAAACAGUAACUCCAUUUCUGGGAGCUUGUGGAUUUCUUUGCUUUUGUUCCCAAAGGAAGAUGUUAUGGAGAAACUAAUGUCUAUUAAAACUUGUAUUGACCA